GAACCGGUGAAACUAAUAGAUUUAAUGUAUACAAGGAGAUUUAAUAAGUGCACCUUAGCUGGUGGGUCAUCUGUCGCAUGGUUGAUAAAUAGAGUCUCUGAGGCGUGACGAAGAGCACUCGAGGCUCGCGACCGCAUGACACGACUGUUGCCUGGUGGCUCCGCUGUCCUCGCUUCCACCCCGACCUCAAGAUGAUGAGCCCCUACAAUUGAGCCAAAAUUGGUGCUCUUCGCCCUCAAGUUGGUUUGUUUGCGUUCUUGUUGAAUCCUACCAUAGCCGAAGAGUUAAACUUGGGCAUGCACUCUUUGGAAGACAACGCUGCCUUCCCUUAGCUUGCUACUAGAGUAUUCGAUACCUCUUUUCCAUUGAACAUAUAAAAGAGCCAAGAUGAUGACAAACGACGAUGAUGAAGGCAAUAACAACAACCCUUUUACCCCAGCGGCAGCUGCUCGACACCCUUCGAGAAGCCGCCCGUUGCCAGCCAAUGAUCCUGGCAGUGUUCCACUAGAAGUAUCCGACGACAUGGCCACUCUGGUGAGCUACGAUUUGACAGCCGAACCAGGUGACUUUCACAUGAUCCUUCCUCCUUCCGGCUUGACGCGUCCCACUGUGUCGAAUGGUACCGUGACGGGGAUGCCUCCUCCUCCUCCCAACAACGCCCGAGUGGUCAGUCGAGAUGGAGAUGUACGCUUCAAUCGACCUGGGCAAGUUGCCAAUCGGACGGUCGCUCGAACGGGAGAACGAACCAAAAAGCACCACGCCAAUAAUAAUAUUAAUCAAGAAGAAGAAGAAAUUCUUGCACAACAACAAGGAGAUGAACUCGCCACUCUGCCUCCUCCGCCUCCCGAAGAACGAGGCACUCGACGAGGACCCGAAGAGUCGUCUCCCAAUGACACGAACGAAAUGAGCAAAUUGCCUCCCGAUCGAACUCGCGAUGGCCUUGCCAGCAUGCCAUUGCCACCGGCGUUGCCUCCUGGAUUGCUCACGCCUAGCGGCAGAAAUCCUCCUCCCAUGCCUCGUUGGGACGAAGAAGAAUACGACGAUGAAGAUUUAAUGAUUCAAGAGCAGCACAUGAAAAUGAUGGAUCAGAGUGACGUGGAACUGGAAGACGCCAAAAUGAAGGCGGCGUCGGUCGCUCCAUCCUCUGAAGACCAUUCCACUAGUUCGUCGGCUGCUCGUUUUGACGGUGGAGCCGCAAAUUCCGACUCUACCACCACACCCACGCGUCCCGGCGGGCGAUAUCAAACAGCGGGUAAAUUGACGGCUCAUCCCGGCGCCUUCUCGGUCGAUGGUCCGAGCUCCACCACGGGAGCUUCCUCGGAAUCGUCGCCACCGCCCAUGUCACAGGCCGCCACAACGGCGGUUCGCAACACCAGUGAUCAACAACAACCGGUCGUCGCUGGAGAUGAACCAUCCACUCUUUUGAUUCGAGCGUCUCUGGUCAAUGAACCAAGCAUUCAACAGGUCGUAGAAGCGUCUCCGCUGGAACAGCCGCCGAUUCCUUUGGAGGACUCUCCGUCACAACCUCCCGAUGCCGUCGUGAUUUCCCGCAAGACCGUAUGGCUAGUCGGUAUUAGUGCCUUUGUCAUUAUUGCGAUUUUCGCGGUUGGACUGGGUUUUGCGCUCUCGGGAAAUGGCUUUCGUGGUGGUAAUAAGCAGGCCCAGCAGGGGCCACCUCCUGAUUGGCCGAAUAAGGACAUGGAAAAUUACAAUAACACCAUGGCACUUGGUACUACAACCUCGGGUGAUGGUGUCACUUCUGCACCCGAUGGCACUGCCUCUCCAACGACGGCAGCCAAUCUGCCUUCCAGUGCACCGAGCAUCGAUAGCUUCAGCGAAGACGAGGUGUCGCUCAACAGUACUACUUCCACCACAACCAGCAGUGGUAUCGUCUUUGCCGACACAAUUGUUCCGGAAGCCGACAGUCAGCCUUCCAAUGCACUGAGCACGGAUAGUAUAAGCGAAGAGGAGGUGUCCAACAGUACUACUACUUCCACCACAACCAGCAGUGGUGUUGUCUUUGCCGACACCAUUGUUCCAAGUGUUGCGACGGCAGGAUCGAUGAAUGUCUCCGAUGCUGGCGAAGAUCUCACCGACCCUAAUCUGUCGUCCACGGCCGAGUCCGGCAACAACGACGAGGAAACCUCUGUGACAACGGAUCCAGAAUUCAAUGCGACUGUCGGUCCCAUGACUUCAGCGGCUCCCUCAGCAGACUCAACCAGUGGCGCAACGACGGCACUAACCAUAGGGGAGGCUGCCACUGCCUCACCCAGUAUACUACCAUCCGUCACAACCAACACACCAACAAUGCCGCCGAUUACGACAACACCAAGUCCAACGAAUGUACUCACAUCGAGCCCAACUGCCAAGCCCACCUUUGCUCCUUCGACAGAAAGCCCAACCACCAAUCCACCGACCACAGCUGCUCCAACCAAUUCACCGACCCCAAGGCCCGUGUCCACCGCAUCAGUUUCCAUUAAUGUCACCCUGUGGCCUACCAGCAUGCCGUCGGAUGUACCGAGUUUGCUACCUACAGAGAGCCCUACUCCGGAACCAACACCAAAUCCUACUCCAAGACCUCCAACUAAUGGAGGCGGCGGAGGCGGAAACAACAAUGAUGGCAACGGAGGCGGAGGCGGGGGUGACAAUGACGGAGGUGGAAACAACGACAACGGUGGUGGAGGUGGCGGCGGAGGCAACGGCAACGGUGCAGCAGCUCUGGAAGACAACACUGAUCAUAAUGGCGGUGAAGACAACGUUGAAAAUGAUGGGAACGGAGGAGGAGGAGGCGGCGGGGGGGACAGCAACAAUGAUGGUGGUGGAGGAGGCAAUGGCGGAGGUGGUGGUGGCGGGGGCAAUGACGGUGGAGGAGGAGGAGGAAAUAUGAGAAAGUUGAGAGAGAGACGGCUGUCCAGUCUUCAAGUCCUGUAAUCAUGCAAGCUGUGUUUCGAUUGAACAGCAGUGACGGUGGAAGAGGACUCCAAGUGAAGGCAGAGUGGAUGAGAAAGCAUGAUAGAGGUGUUUUAUUAUGGCGUUGCCAAUGGUUUGUUAUACGAUACUAUAGCAGCGUUCUCGUUGAAAUAUUGGCGUCGGCGCCCCAAGCUCUUUCCAGAAUACCGUGGUGAGAUUACAUGGCAAAGCAGCCAUAACGAUGGUGUCUCCUCUCCUACUCGCAUUGAAAAGUGAUUAAACUUCCGCCUCUGAGGCCUUCACGGGCUUUGGCUCGUCGACUGAGUCGUCCAAAGCAACGUUCUCUUUGGGGUCUGAAUUGGAAGUUGGAGUCAAGGCCUCCGUGGGCGAUGCUGUGUUUGCUCCGUCACCAUCCUCUUGGCUUUUUACUUCUCUCCAUUCUCGAGCAUUGGUUUUGGGCUCUGCUGGCAUUCCACCUUCGACAGUUUGUUUUGCUGCCAUACAGCACUCUUUGAUACUCGAGGAGAGCAUAAAGACACUGAACACAAAUGCACCCCAGCAGCUGAAGUAGAGAUUGCCAACUCGGUUACCUGGAGACUGCUCGCCAAAAGUUGUCAGUGAUACUCCAACCGCCCAGGCAAGGAACAUGGCCAAGGAUGCUGAUGCCUUGGCUGCGGCUGACAAGUUAAAUUGAAAGGAAAUUAGACAACCGAGUCCGCCCGCCAGUGUGCUGACUGCUCCCAAUGUAAUCGAGAACUUGAGACGGUUGCAAUAGCUGGGCCCACGAUCGCAGUCAAAAUCUUCUCCGUCCAGGGUCACACCAUUGACUAGAGUCUGAAUCGACGAUGACAUGGCCACAAGACUGGCAAUACAGAGCCCGGCCCAAUAUCCAACGCCGUUGGUUGGAUUCGUUGCUGUCAGAUCGGAGUGAUUGGCAUAUCCGACAAGAAGCGCCACGGUUCCUGUCAGAUUCGCCCAGCCAAAAAAGUACAGAUUGGCAUUGACGAUGCGCCCUGCACCAUCCAAAGCAAGCAUGUUCUGUGUGUCCAUCAUCACAAUCAAACCUCCAACCCAAAGACCCAGCUCAGUCAAGAGCUUCAAAGAGCGUGAGGUUGGAAGCUUGCAUCACAACUGACUUAUCCAGCGAAGGCAAAUUCGACGUUAUCUUACCAGAAGACCUUCCAGUGGCAUUCCUACGAAGGCUGGAUGGUUGACGUGGGCCACACACGCCACACCACUCACAAGGAGCGACAACACAGAGACCGACAGAAUCCACUUCUCUUCCGCCUGCCACUGCUUGGUAUCGGUUUCGGUCGUCAGAGCAAUCAGUGUCACUGCAGAGAAGAUCGUCAAAGCACACCACCAAGAGAAUCGAGACACAUAUGUACCAUUGGGGGUGUCUAUCACGAAAGUGGGAGCCUCGUCGGAGAUCUCAUUUGGGGCUCCAGUUUUGCCAUCAUCGUUACCACGAGAAGCGGUAUCAGGGUUGUUGAUUUUGGGGUCUGCUUGGGCAUCGUUCGUCAUUUUGCUUUCAGGGUGCUGCAGAAUCUUUGGUCAGGAGGUGGAACUAAACGAUUUUAUGGUAUAAUGGCUAGCUAGUGUUGCUAUCUACAUGUUCCGGUAGGUUACAAAAGACAAAGAGAAAAACAAUGGAAGAUGGAAAGAAGGUUCUUGCGUUAUGUGGUAGUGUCACAAUUAAUAAUUGAGUAUGAUAUGAGUUCGGCAGACUGAACCCAAGAGAGGGUGCCAACGGUUGCAAUCCAGUCUCACGAACGAUUGUCACGCGCCCUGUGUAUGAUACAACCCGGCAGGCCCACAGCAUGAGGAGAUGAAGAAGCAUCACUCUCUGAUUGGGCUGGCGAAGGAAGCUUACUCUCGACGGCGAGACAAGUUUUAAGGUUCACGAGAAAGAUUGCAACUAAUCCGGACGACCCGACGAUUAUGCAAACAGGGAACCAAAUAGACGACGGGACAAGUGAAGAGGAGUCUACUUGUCUUCUCCACCGCCGCAGAAUGUUGGACUUUCAACCUACCAAACUUCGUGGAAAGGAUCUUUCGUCAACAGCCAAAGUAUGAAGAAAGGGGUACCAUCACGACUGGAGUACUCAGACAGACGACAUGGCUGGAAUCUUGAGCGCGACCGAUCUUGACGACUCGAUGACCUAGGCAUGAGAUGGAAGAGAGCAUAGUCAUCAUCAUGAAGUAUUUGCCAACAUCAACCGAGAGAAAUGGAUCACAUGUGCAACCGGGCAUUCAACAAGGGUAGCAGGAUCAGAGUGACCAAGCGACGGCAAAGAGACCACCAAACGACGGAGCUCUCCUUGCUCUUGGGGGGAGAAAAAGGAAAUGUGAGGAGCAGGGACCAACACUUGUACUGCCUUAACCCAAAUGCUAUAGCCAGGCUCUGGACCCAUGCACCCAAACAGAACAGAUUACAAGAGCCACAGGAGGAGGCACACAGGCAAACGGCGUUGGACACACAGCGACCAGCAUGACCACUAAAGGGAGAGAACUUGGAUGGCGAGGCUAGCAGAUUGGAUUGGUGAGACUUUGAGCUAGUGAAAGUGACGUGACUGUUUGCUGGUCCCAUUUCCCCGCGAAUUGACGAGGGACCGGCGAGUCUUCUCCACGAGGACGAACCAACCAGCCUGGAACCGCCGCAAGAUGACGCCGGACUAGCCCAGCCACACAGAUGUCACGAUAGGCAAUGGGUUCUCACGCCAUGCAUCGGCCCUUCCGACUUGUAUCAACCGGGAUCAUGUCCAUCAUCGUCAUGCGUGUCUUCGAGAGGAUGGAGCAGAAACGGAAGGUAACGGGCGUCACGUAUGCUGGGAUGACGACCAAACGGACCAUGCAGCUCGAACCAGCGAAGAAUCUAGUAGUAUCAAGGCACGGAAGAGA